AUGGUUGACAACGAAAACGCAGGCUUUAUUAUUUUAGAUGAAACGCAUGGCACGAAUAAAAGGAAAGAGAUUGAACAGUUUCAUGAUACUUAUAAAAGUGUUGCUAUAAAUGACCAGUGUGCGUCAAGACGGUCUCCGCUUUUGCAUGUUUCGUUUCCACAGCAAAUAAAUGAGAUGCUACCAUUGGAUAAUGAUGUUGUAGACACAUGUGCUGUAUCACAAGCACAGCUGAAUUGUGCGAAAGAUAUGGCAGAAAAGAUAGAUGAAGAAGAAAAAAUACAUCUAGAUUCAUCUUCAUUACAUCCUUCUCCAUUUGAAUCCAUUUUAUUAGACAAGAAAUCUGUACUUAAGCAAGAUAAUGUACAAGUACGACCUCUACCCGAUCCACUUGUAUGCACCGCUCGAGAAUAUUGCGAGCACCAUGUAUUUCCCACUCUUCUUCCGGCUAUGCAAGAAAUGUUGAUAGAAGCGAUAGAAAAUAAAGUAUUUGAGAAAAGACGAACAAAGUUUAAUGCUUGUGAUUAUUUGACGAACAACUUAUACAGUCAUAAUCCAAAAUUCAGCAAUCGAGAUGGAGUAAAAUUGGAAGAUAUACUUGUCCUGAAAAUCUUGGCUGAAAAUCCACGACCUCCUAUUCCGUCCUCCCUUUUACUUUCUGAUGAUGAAGCAGCUACAAUAAUUCAAGCUCAUUAUAAAGGAUACAAAGUAAAUAUCAACAUUUUUGUCAGUAAUAGACUAAUAUGUACAGUGUACAGUCUCAGAUUUGGCGUGUCUCUAGAACAGUGGUCAGCAGCAUUGCUAUUGAUGUGUUGAGUAGUAGAGAGGGGCGAUUUUUUAAGCAACAUUUUUCAAACGAGUUUUAUUUUAUGACAAAAAUUUAAUUCCUUGUUGUGAAAAGCAGUCAAAAUGUUCAAAACUAAGAGUCGCAAGCUGCCAAGUUGGUUUUUGGUUCCACAAGUAUUAGCAUAAUCAAAACCAAAUGGCGAAUACUUUUGACGCUACGCAGCAAGCCUGUAGCUUGCUUAAUGCAUUUAGACUUCUGUGGUUGGUUGCACGCAGCCUGGAUAGCGUUAUCCAUUGGAUAACGAAUUCUUUUAAUUAGUUAAAAACUUC